AUGCCGCCCCUGCAAAAGUCUUGCCGGAAGCGCCCUGCGGACAGCGACCCAGACGGCGAACCACCCGUAAAGAAAUUUGGACGUCUGCACAUUGGUACAUUGGACAACGACAACACCAGCCAUGAGGUAGCAACCCAAGAAUCGACAACUGGGGAAGACUCGCGGUCGAGCGAUUUUAUGCUGCUGGAUGAUACGAAGCACACAGCCUAUGUUUACGAUCUAGAUCGGGAGUUGGAGGAAAUAGAGGCUCAGGAAAAGCGCAUUUCAUUUCUGCCGGAGAUCGAGAAGACACUGAACUCCAUCCCGAAGGCUGUUCUCAAAGACCCGAAGCCGGACAACGAGAUCGUUCUUUACCGAGUACCGACCUCGCUAACAGUCCCUGAAGAAAAAGAUAGCGUUCGGAGAGCUAUCCUGGAAUCUAGAGCACGCGCCAGAGCACAACAACAAAGGGAGAAUGAAAAAAUUCAUACUGCAAAGGCUGACACAGAAUAUAGCAAAAGCACAUCUCAGAACUCUGCCAACGUUUUACUGGCGUCACCAGAAGAUGGUAAUGAUGUAAUGGACAUCGAUACCGAAUCAUAA